AUGUCUUCAGUGUCGGUGUCCUCUCAGGUAAGACCGAGCAGCAGAAGAAGAGGCCAGAGAAGAGCUUCAGACCACGAGUGUUCAAGUUUAAGACUCAAAAACGCAGAAAUUUAGACGAACAUUCCUCCGGGUGUCGACCGGGAGCGUCAAAACGCUCACGUUGUACUGCCUGACCGAAGUCCGUUGAAAAAGCCUUUAAUUUAAGUUUUAAUCCUUAUUUACGCGGAAAUAUUAAAUAUGGACGGAAUAGUUUUUCAUGAUCUGACAGAAUCUGAUUCAGUGUUUAAUUCGGCAUGACUUCACUUUCAUACAUCGAACCGCUUGUGUAUAAAAACUGAGCUUUUGCUUUGGGCUUCCUUCAUUUUCCUGCCAUCAUGUCCGCUGUGUUGAGCGGUGCAGAUCUCUGUUACUGCGGGGCAGAAGUUACACAAACCUCAAUGUAACUGGAGUUUUGAGACGAUUUUUCCUCGAGUUUGGUGAGAGCUUCUUAACUGGAGGAAGGACUCAGGACCGAGGGUCAGAUCAUCUCUGAUCUCUGAUUAAAGCAAGGCCGUCUGAAAUCAUCAGAUUUCCUAAUGGAGUCUGGUGAAGUUAUUUCAUCAUAAGACGAGCAGAAUCCUUUAGAACUGAACCAGGUUUGGUUUUUGAGAAGGUGAAAUAUGGAGUCUGCUGAUGUGGUUCAUGGAUCCAAGUCUGACCCUGAAGGUCUGAGGAGGGUCUGAUGGGCGUGCUUAAGGAGCUGUCAGUCACAGUGAUUGACAGCUGCUCCUGAACGCUCUACCUGAAGAUCACCUUCAAACAGACUCAGCUGAUCCAAAGUCCCUGAGCUGAAACCAGCUUCACGUGCGGCCGAGAUCAGCAGCUCUCUGUUAUUUCCACACACACACACACACAGACACACACACAGACACACACACAGACACACACACACACACAGACACACACAUGGGGGGAGCGGAGCAUGUUUUGUCGGUUUGGCCCUGGGGCGUGAGCGGGCCCCGGGGCAGAGCCGAGCUGAGUCCGCCUCCUGUUCACCUUUCAUGCUUCAAAGCUCCUCUGUGUGUGUGUGUGUGUGUGAGUGUGUGUGUGUGUGUGUGUGUGUGUGUGUGUGUGUGUGAGUGUGGGGGGGUGUGUGUGUCAAUUAAUCCAGAGUGAGGCCGGACCCCCAGGUCAUCUCAGCCUGCCCCCCCCAAAGACCCCCCCACAUCAGUGUGACAGCCAUGAAAUCUGGAGAGACUGACUUUCAUCUGAUGGGGGGGGGGGGGGUGUUUAAAGGGACAUUCUGCUGUAAAAUUAUCCAGUUUGUUUGUGGCUCCUCAGACCUCUCUGUAUUUCUAUCCUGCAGUCGACAACAUUCAUCUCUGGAGGCGGGGUCUAACUCGGGGUUACGGCGGGUUUGACCCUUUAAAUCUCAGAUCCUCAUUCCUGAUUCUCCGUUAGUCAAAGUUCUCGCACAGAUCUGGUCCUCAGAGACCCUCAGAGACCCUCAGAGACCCUCAGAAAGUUUAAACAUGGGGCUCUAUGGGGACUGACUCACAGCAGGACGCUGCCUCUAGAGGACAGGAGAGGAACUGCCCCUCUUUGGUGUCCCUCUCCAGUCCUGCAGGUCCAUCCUUGGUUCUGUGUUCUGACCCGGCUGUUUUUGUCCCCGGUGACAGGAGGGGCGGAGCAUGUCCAGGAUGUCUCUGAGUCGCUCCCCCGUGUCCCCCAUGACGGCUCAGGGAAUCCCGUCCCCCGCCCAGCUGACCAAGGCCAACGCCCCGGUCCACAUCGACGUGGGGGGGCACAUGUACACCAGCAGCCUGGCCACGCUCACCAAAUUCCCCGAGUCCAGGUAAGAGAAGACAGACCCGUACCUGAGGGUCCGGGUUCGGUUUGUUGCGCUGAAUGUGUCUGACCCCGCCCCCUCGUCUCUCUGCAGGAUCAGUCGUCUCUUUAACGGCACGGAGCCCAUCGUGUUGGACAGUCUGAAGCAGCACUACUUCAUCGACAGGGACGGAGACAUCUUCCGCUACAUCCUCAGCUUCCUGCGCACCUGCAAACUGCUGCUGCCCGAAGACUUCAAGGUGAGGACAGAAAACAUGGAGGCCGUCUCAGUGAGGCUGCCCCCUGCUGGUCUCUAGAGAGGAGAGUUGGAGGCCAAAAAUCGCAGAAAGAAAAAAACUGAAAAAUUGAAGCUGGAAGUAAAAAAAGAAAAGAAAUCAGUCAGAAUUUUAUUUUAUUACUCUGUGAUUUUUUUCAGUUUAGACUCAAAAUCCUAAAAUCUGAAUCUGAGAAAUAAUUUGGAUUUCUGAUUUAAAGCUGAUUGAGAUUAAAAAGUCUGAGUUUAUUCUAGAAAAUCUGUUUUUUUUCUCAGAUUUCUAAAGACAAAAAGAAGAAACUGACCAGAAUCAGAAAAAUGAAAAAAAGUUCGACUCAAAAAUUUAAGAUUUGACCUUUUUUUUAUAGUCUAUAUAGAAAAAUUAAAGUUUUUUUUAUUUUUUUAGCAAAAGUGACUUUAAAAUACAGAAAUAUUCUCUUUUUAAAACUUUCUAAAGUGGAAAAAAAUUCUAAAAAACUUUGGAAUAUUUUUGAAAGAGUUUGAAGUUUUUUCAGAUUUCUGAAUAAAGUCGGAAUUAAAAAAAAAAGUCAAAAAUUUGACAAAAUUCUUGUAAAAUGAAAAAGUCAAAUUUGGUGAAAUUUUGGUGUGAAUGAAAAGGAGACAGGAGACAAGGAGACAGGAGACAGAGAUAGGAGACACAGACUGAGACAGCAGUGUAAGUCACGUCUCUCUCUCUCUCUCGUGUUUUCGUGUUGUUGGACGUCAGUUAGCUCCGCCCAUUUAAUGAAAACCUGCAGGCAGGACCUGAGGACUGACUGAGAGACUCGAACCCGAACCCUCGUGUCCAAGUGUUCGCUCCACUGAGACCCGUGUGUCAGUCAUGUGACCGUCCUCUGUUGUAACCUGGUCCUCCUGCAGUAUUUACCUGAGCUUGGCUCCGCCCCCUCUCUGUCUUCAUUAGGACUUCCCCCAGCUGUACGAGGAGGCUCGUUAUUACCAGCUGACCCCGAUGGUUCGAGAGCUGGAGCGCUGGCAGGCGGAGCGGGAGGCCCAGCGAACGGCGCCCUGCGAGUGUCUCGUGGUCAGAGUGACCCCUGACCUUGGCGAGCGGAUCGCCCUGAGUGGAGAGAAAGUUCUGAUUGAGGAGGUCUUCCCGGAGACCGGCGACGUCAUGUGCAACUCUGUCAACGCCGGCUGGAACCAGGACCCCACCCACGUGAUCCGCUUCCCCCUCAACGGGUACUGCAGGCUCAACUCUGUACAGGUGAGCGCUCACACACACACACACACACACACACACACACACACACACACACACACACACACACACACACACAGGGGGAAGGUCCCGCCCUCCUUCGCCUCUGAUUGGUCAGAAUUUCUUCCGGCUGUGAAACGUCGUCGUCUGUCGUCGGUUUGGAGGUUCAGAAUCAUGUUCUGUAAAGUUCUGUUCGAUGUUCAGAACCGACGGCCCGCGCUCAGCUUGAGCAUGUGAUGAUGUUUCCAGCUUUUCUAGCCAAUCAGAGGCGAUGGAGGCGGGACCUUCCCCUACCAUCCCACAGUAAAAAGAAGUCGUACCCAGAACUCACCUGUCCGUCACACCUGGAGCUGAUGGCAGACAGCCGACCCUUGUGGUCCUGCUGGUCAUCAGAGGGUACUGCACCUCCACACUCAGAACCCUGACCCUGUCCGUCUGUGUCCUCAGGUCCUGGAGCGUCUCUUUCAGAAAGGUUUCAGCAUCAAGGCGUCGUGUGGCGGCGGCGUGGACUCGUCCCAGUUCAGCGAGUACGUCCUGUGCCGGGACCUGCGGCACAGCCAGUCCAUCACGAGCACCCCGAUCCGGAUCAAACAGGAACCUCUGGACUAA